CAGUGGUGGCGACACAGAUGGUGAAUCGACAUCAGUGUUAUUGAUAGGUUCACGUAGUUUUAACAGAAAAUAAAACGAUUUGAUCCUCGGGAACAAAAUGAGUAUGGAUGGCAAUGUUAACACUAGUGGGACUGACCUCACAUCCAUAAGCAUGGAACAGGAGCUUGAUUCAUACAAGGAGAAAGUAGACCAUAUGAAAAUGUUAGUCAAACAAUAUAGUCAGGAGUUACAGUCACAUAAGAUCAGAAAGGAAGGAGUUGAAACGGUAUCCAAACUUUUACAAGAAGGUAGACAAGAAAUCGCAUUAUUGCAGAAAAAAUGUAAAACUCAGGACACGGCCAUCAGGAACCUUCAAAGUCGUUUGACGUCAAACGGGUUGUCGGACAAUAUUACCAUGGAGGAAGGAGAUAUUUUUAUGCCCGGAACAUCGAAUCAAUUGCUUGAUAAUUUAUCACGGGAAAACGCCAGACUACGUACUCUCCUUCGAGGCGCCUCUGUAAAUCCGGAAGAAAUAACCACACUGCAGCAGGCAUUGAAGAGGAAAGAUGAGACAAUAAGCAGCCAGACACGGACAUGCGAAGAAUUACAAAUACGAGUUAAUGAAUUAGAGCAACUAAUGGGUUCAUCUGAAAAUGUAAAAGAUCAAACAAUUUCAACCCUACAGACAACCGUCCACAAAAUGAAAGAAGAAUUCCAAACGCGAGACGUCUUAUGUCACUCUCUGGCAGAAGAAACUACCAAUUUACGUCAGCAACUCCACGACGUCGCAGUCACAUGUCAGCAAAUGGCUCUGCGAUUGGAGCGUUCUGAAAACGCUUCUCGAGCACUGGAACCCAAAGUGACAGCUUCAAAUAAGAUAAGCGAGGGCAGUGAUGAAACCAAGGAAAAACUUAUUCAGGAUAACCGGAUACUGCAAGAAAAAGUUGAAGAGGUGGUUACGAUGAACAAGAGAUGGCAAGAAUAUGAAACUCAGAGAGAACAGCACGUGAGGUAUCAGGAGGCGGUAAUUCGGACGCUGCAGGGCCAGCUGGCUUCUGCCCAGGCCAAUCAACUUUCAAUUGCCAGGUCAAAAAUGAUCAACCAGGCUCUUGACGAGGCAAAGAGGCGUCUGGCUUUCGCAGAAGAAGAAAAACGGAGACUUGAAACUGAACUUUUGGAAAGGAACCAGACUUUGAUUGAGCAGACGACAGAAGUAGAGCGACUGAAAAACGAAUUAGAGCUUUCCCACCAUGGCAGUGGUACUCGGAGUGAUGUAGAAAUCCUAGACGCGUUAAAAGCACAAAUCCAAAUAUGCACGGAAGAUUUUGAGUCGGAGAGACGUGACCGAGAAAAAGCACAGAGUAGAGUUUCGACCUUGGAAGCAGAGCUUCAGAAAGUGAGAAUGGAGAGAGAUCGACUCGCACAAGCGGCUGUCCACCGUAAUGAACCACAAUACAACGCUCCAUACUACCAGAACCAAGACUUUUACAAUAAUUUCGAUGUGCCAAACAAUUACCAAAAUGUUCCUCAUUACCAGAACGAACUGGCGACACGGGGACCACAGAGACGCUUUGACAUGUUGGAAGAUAACGUUAUCGAUGGUGGUGUCCAGGUUGAUGCACCACCAUCUAGCGUUGAGAAAAAAGAAACGACUUCUGUAAGCACCAAUGAAUCAACUUAUAAAAGUGAUAUGACUGAUCCAUUGUUGGGUGGGUUUCCUGUGCUGGAGGACGCGCCAUUGCUAUCGACUGAUAAAGAUAUCUGUUUAGAUGACAAUGAAGAAACAACAUGUGUUGGCGGCAGUGAUGUCAAUGAAUGUCAUUCGUCAAGGUCGUCGUCUCCUAGACGUUCUCCGAGGGCAUCCCCUAGAUCAUCAAAAAGAGAAUUGUUGACUUGUCCAAAAUGUCGUAAAGAAUUCACGUGUGAUAAACAUGGAGAAUUGCUUGAACACAUAGAACUUUGUUGUGAUUAGAAAGAGUUGAAAUUGCACCAUACAUUCAACUAUUUUAAAAGGGUGUGAAUGACACCAUGGAAAGUGUUCAAUGUAUGAUGCAAUUUCAACUUAACCGUUCCUACUUAAUCCCACCUCCACCCCAGGAUGUGAAAAGAUCAUAAAUUCUUCCAGAACCGCUCCGAAACCGAAGGUUAUGGAUAUCCUAGUCUUCACUCCCAUUUACAGGCAGAUCACAAGUCGGAGAAUGUAAACUGAAGGCAAGAGAUGACGGGACAUUUUAUGUGAAAUGAAUGAAGGUUUGUUACUGUUCACAGUCGAUACGAGAUUCUUUAUUUGGCAAGGAAUCAACUAUGAAAAGUAAUGGGCGGUAAUGACAAACCAGAAUGGUUGUGGUAUUUGAAAGUCAGAUGUCAUUAUGUCAAACGAUUGCCUAUAUUUACAACAAGGAAGAUUUGUCAGAAGGCAGGAAGAGGAAGAGCCUACUAAAAUGAUAAAAGCGCAUGUAUUCAAAAAACACCGUCCUCCGAAACACGAAAUACGAUGACGAGGAAAUCCGUCAAGAAGGAUGUUUCUGAAAAAAAUACCCUCACGUUUCGUUCUGAGGAUCAAAACCUACUGAAACUUUCGCCAACUUGCAUAAUAUGAUAAACAGAUAGUGGUCAAUAUUUAACUUUAUACCACUGAAUUUCAGUGGUCAACAAUGUACAUUGUUCAAUGCACAUAACACUGUUGUAUAUCUCCGGAUGCUUAUGAAAUCUGCGAUCAUAGUCGUGAUAUCGUUCGUGCCGGAUACAAAAGUCGUCGAGAUAUGCCUGCUCAAAUAAACGAUUAACAAUACUGGUUAGAUUGCAUUGGGGCGAUCUAUCAAUUAGAAUAUGAGAUAAAGAUAUUAUCAACAUAUUGUAACCCGAUGUGCUGUAUUUUUAGACAUUCUCCCGGAUAUCGAUAUCAAUCCUUAUUGUAGCAUGGAUACUUAAUUUAGAUUUAAAUGGUGCACUAUUGAAAUGGUGACGUGUGCACUAUAUUACCGGUUGUGCCAAAGUAGAUGUGUAUAGAUAUGAUAAACUAUUGCAGUGAUAGAUAAAUCUGCCCUAGCUCUAACAAAUUCAGUUAUGAGUUCUAUUAGUGAUUCUGCAGGUCAGAAUACAUUCUGUAGAACGUUCAUUCUCCUGUUGAAUUUGUUUUGAAUAUGUUUUUGCUAAUUAGGAAUAUUGCAUGUAUAUAUGUGUGUUAUUGUAUGUAAUUUGAUUAAUUCUAAGCAAACGAUGCUCGAUUAGCAUUCAACAAUGUUAUGCCAAUCUAAUUUUGUGUGUUUCAGUUACCAGUAAAUAGAUUUGCGUUAACUUAAUUUGAUGUAGUAAGAUUCGAUGAGAACUUGUUAUAAAGGGUAAUACAUGUUUUGAUGUAAUGCCAUACCAGUAGAUUCAAUGAAAAUAUAAAUAUAUAUGGCGUUAUAUAGUUUAAAUACUAUUAUUCAUGACAUCAUGUGGUUCACUGAGUAUACGAUCGGUGAUUUAGUGUUUUAUCAAAUCUUGUUUAUAUUUUUACAUUUCAGUUAAGUUAUUUAUGCUAACAGCUGAUAAAUCUGUUGCCUAUUCUGUAUAUAUAAAUAAUCAUAUCAAUGAAUAGUAAGUUUCUUGAUUAAAUCACUUAGGGUAUUGUGUUCUGAAUAGCAAAAUACGUAAAUUGUCAAAAUGUUGUAACGAUUACUCUUUUAGCAUCACAAAAUGCUUAUUGUGGACAUGGAACAACUAUGUAAGUAUGGGUUUUGAAUAUCUAAAAUGCCGUUUAUCCCUGAUCCUGUCAUUUAAGAUGUUCCAAUGGAGCUAUCGCCUCGUCAAAAUAUCAAUAUAGUUGGUAUGUCUGUAAAAUCUGGUCCUAUGGUUUAGAGUUUAAUUGCCUCUGUCCUGUCAUGUCUCAUUUACAUGGCAUGGUAUGUAAAACUGAGAUCUACAUGAUAUGUAUGAAGUAAAGGCACUAAAUUGAACUACUUUCAAUUCACUCGUAUAUCAUCGCGUCACACCUGACAUUUCGUUUACCUAAUUUAUACCUGUAUACAUUUGUAUAACAAAUCAACAUUAAUUUUACGUUAUUUUUACACAUAUUGUACAUAAUUACAUCAUAUUAAUAAUUAUUUGUAUUGUGCGACCUCAGGAAGUCAUAUUUCACAUUUUCUUGAAUGUUUGUACAAUUAAAGAAUAGGGAAUUAAGAA